UCCUCUACUAUCUUCCGAUGUGGGAUGCACUCAGACUGUUCUAAUUCUUUCUCCUUCAUAGAGUAGUGGCCUUCCAAGUUCCAUCCUUAAACCCUAAAAUAAAUCUUCUUGUUGCAGUGCAGAACAAAUUCGAUGAUGCAAGUUCUUGGUAGAAAUUUCCUGCGUAGAUUCUCCUCCCGGUUCGUCCGUCAGGUUGAUAAGGCCAGAAAAUUUUCUAGUAGGAUAGUGGGUGAUGUGGGGCAGCCAUCUGCGAGCACUCAUCCUCAGCUAAUGAAGAAAGGAGAGAUUACUCCUGGCAUAAGUUGUGAUGAGUAUAUCUCAAGGAGAAAGAAGUUGUUAGAACUUCUUCCCGAGAAUGCCUUGGCAAUUGUUGCAUCGGCCCCAGUGAAGAUGAUGAAUGAUGUUGUUCCGUACACCUUUCGACAAGAUGCUGACUAUCUCUAUGUGACUGGCUGCCAACAGCCAGGUGGGAUUGCAAUUUUAGGUCAUAAUUGUGGUUUAUGCAUGUUCAUGCCCGAAGCAAGGCCUGAUGAUGUUACUUGGCAAGGUGAAAUUGCGGGAGUUGAUGCAGCUCUGGACACAUUUAAGGCUGAUGAAGCCUACCCAAUUAGUGCAUUGGAGAAGAUCCUCUCAAGGAUGAUAGGAAGCUCAUCCCUAUUGUUUCAUAAUGUGAAUACAGCUAAUCCUACUUAUAUGAACUUGGAGGCUUUCCAAAAGGCAGUUUACAAUGUCAAGGUGAAAGAUUUUUCAUUCUAUAGUCAUGAAGCACGAUGGGUAAAAUCAGAAGCUGAGCUUUCUUUGAUGAGACAUUCUGCAUCCAUAGCUUGCCAGGCUCUUUUGCAAACUAUGUUGCAUUCAAAAUCAUUCCCUAACGAGGGUCAGCUGGCAGCUAAGGUGGAGUAUGAAUGCAGAAUGAGGGGUGCUCAGAGAAUGGCGUUCAACCCAGUGGUUGGUGGAGGGCCAAAUGGAAGUGUCAUUCAUUAUGCUCGAAAUGAUCAGAUGAUUCAGAAUGGAGACCUUGUCCUUAUGGAUGUGGGAUGUGAACUUCAUGGUUAUGUUAGUGAUCUUACUCGUACAUGGCCGCCUUGUGGUAGAUUUUCUUCACUUCAGAAAGAACUUUAUGACCUUAUAUUGGAGACUAGUGAAGAGUGCGUGAGAUUGUGCAAACCAGGCACAAGUAUUCGGGAGAUACACAAUUAUUCGGUUACUAAGCUGCGAAAAGGAUUCAAAGAAAUCGGGAUACUGAAAAGAGAGAACCCUCAUAAUUACCAUAUGCUGAACCCAACCAAUAUAGGCCACUAUCUUGGAAUGGAUGUCCAUGAUUGCGCUAAAAUCGGCUAUGACCGACCUCUCAAGCCUGGUGUUGUAAUUACUAUUGAACCAGGCGUGUACAUCCCUUCAAACUUUGAUGGUCCAGAGAGGUACCAAGGCAUCGGAAUAAGAAUAGAGGAUGAUGUUCUUAUUACCGAAUCAGGAUGCGAGGUGCUUACUGGUUCGAUUCCAAAAGAAAUAAACCAACUGGAAUCAUUGCUUAACAAUUUCAGCAAUGGGGCCAUGACAGAUGCUAAUAAUGCUGCACAACGUUUCGCAUUCAGUUGAGAGCUCCCUUGAUUCCAUUUACAUUUCUACUUCUGUUUGACCACAUUCAGCAUCAACUCAAGAAGGUACGUCCAUUCAUGCUCCUAGGAUUAACAUUUUACCUUUUAGCAAAAUUCUUUAAACCAUUAUUUGUUAUGGAUUCUGGUUACAUUUAUGUAAAUUAUUAAAAUGUCUGAAAAACAGUGCAUUCAAUAAAUAAAUAAAAGCACUCCAAUUGCCUCAACAAUCUUGAUGUGUUUUCCUAGAAUUUUUUUACACAGCACAUAGACAAUGUAGCAGGAUAAUUUUGCUUCAAUCAUAAACUUUUGUGGGCUCCUUAGAAUCGAGCUGCUUCGAUCGGGUUUAGGUCAUCACCAAAAAACCACAAAAUCAAAAAUUCUGCUUGAUGGGCCAGAAACCCUAGGUUAUUAAUAUAUCCGGUAAACUACUAGGAGCUACAGAGCUCAUGUAGCACGUGCUAUGAUUAAUGGUAACCUCUGCCUGAGCUUCUUUUUUAAAAUUCAUAUCUAAAUUUGUUUCGCUUUCGCCUAUUUUCUUAUAUACACUGUAUCACAUUACUUGAAAGCUCCAUCAUCAAUUCUGAUAAAGUUCCCUAGUUUUUGGACGGCUAUAAAUUUUGUCAAAAAAUGUGACUCAGAAUUCGUAGGCUGGAUUGAGAUUUAUUGUGUAGGUUAGGUAAAGUGAAUCUGAUUUAAAGAAUUAGCUGUUUGUUAAAUUCAGAUGGUGGUGGCAAGUGCCAACCCAUUCAUACACAAAUUAAUUACAGCCCCAGAGGUAGGAUGUAAUAACAUCUUUUUACAUUACUUGUUUGGACCCCAAUUUAUUACUCAGUGUGAUAGUAGUGUGUGUGUACUGUUGGGUUGGGAUUAGUAGGCACUGAAUUUUGAAAGGAUUGGCAGGCAGGCCAAGAAAUGGUGCUGUUAGAUGGUUAUAUAUAUAUAUAUAUAUAUCAUUUACUUCUCUAGAGGUUUCUUCUUUCUUCUUCUUCGAUUUCCAACCUCCCAACAAUUAUUGGUGUUGUUGCCAUAUUUAUUAACCUAUUUCUGAGUUAUUAUGACUGCUACUCAUCCUACUAUCUUCAUUUAUGGGGCGCCAUGCUUGGAAUGGGAGCGGAUUAUGUGUUGGCCUUGAAAAAUGUUUAGUACUGUGUUUGUUUGUAAUUAUUUUUCCUAAUAUAAUUAUUUAUUAAAUUUACUUUUUUUAAUUGUCUUGUCUACUGUAACUUGCGAUAAGGUAGUGAGACUGAGG